UUCGUGAACUCGGUAGUUCCCAGUCCUUGUGAGACAGCCAUAUAACAAGUAUUCGGUUAGUAAGUGGUAUUUACUAGUACGUUCUCGCAUGCUGUCACGCUCACUGGUAUAGCGUGACGUAACGCUCAACCGUAGAAAAAGUUAAAGCGUUGGGCGACACGCCAAACGGGAAAAGAGAAGCGGGGAGAGACCUUCCGCAGGUGCAGGCCGCGCGAGCAAAGCGGAUGUUCGUGAGAGCGCGCUCGUCAGACUAUGUUUGCGUCAUAGUGGUGACUGUUGCAACGGUUACUGAGUGGUGUCAUGAAAACAGUUGUUUUUAUCGUUGUAUGGACAUUGUGCUGUUUUAAUGCAGGUAAGGAAAAUGAUUUUUGUUGUGGGUACUCGAGAAAAAGAGAGCAUAAAUCAUAGUCGAUCUAUUUCUAAAAGAAAUAGCUUAGACAGUGUGUUAUGUUGGUGAAAAAACUUGACUAUCAGCGAGGAGGCUCAGUCUUGAAGCAAUUGCGCUUUAUCAUUUUAGCCUCACCAUCUUUCGAGAAAGCUGCUCGAAUCAACAAGGUCAAGUCCGACCAUGUGAAGAAAACACCACUCGGUCAGGAAAUAACGUUAAAAUGCUUCUUCGAGGGUCAACCCCCGCCUGAGGUAUUCUGGACAAAGGGAAAGAAGAUGCUGGGUGACAAAUGUAAGCUCUGUUUACAGAAAGUGGAACACCAGCACGGAGUGAGUACGUUACGCGUGACGCCGUUUCGUGACGCCGACUUCGGGGACUACAAAUGCAAGGCGAGAAACAAGCUGGGAUUUCAACACAUCAUGAUAAAACUCCGUGAGGAUAAAAGCAAAAACAUUACCCAGUGCCAACAAGACCGCAUACUGUCACAUGACCCCCGGCUAAAACUGGAAUUUUUGCCUCGAUGCAAUACAGAUGGAUCAUAUCACGUAAUUCAAUGUUCUGUUCACCUGAGUAAGUGCUGGUGUGUCGAUCAAUCAGGGCACAAGGUCGCGGACGCUGUUGACGGUGACAAAGGAAAGCAUUGUACAAAGCCGAAAGACAUGCUGGUCAUAUCCGUCACAGUCCUGGUCAUAUCCACUGUGUUGUUCCUGCUCGUCUUUGAUAUCGUAUGUCACGUAAAAAGAAACAAAGGAGUUAUCAACAGACUUGUACGCUAUAGAAACAAACGCAGAAAAUACAGCAAAUUGAGACUCAAGGACCAAGCGACGUCCUCAGAAACUCAGGACCAGAAAAUUUCUACCGAGAAGGAACCUUAGGACUACGUUGUAUGGUUCAAGAAGAAGAAAUACACAAUGUAUUGUCACGCGUUUUUUUGUCGAAAGUCGAAAUGCUCUAAUUUACUGCAGCUUGUUCGAUCUGAUUUUUUUUAAAUCUGGUAUAUCACUAAAUGCAAAUAAAACCAUUGUUUUGUUUUGUUUUGCUAAGUUUAUUGAAAAUUGUCUUUAUUCUUUAACAACUUCAAACAUGUUUA